AUGGUUGUGGACUACGCCCAGACCGUCAAUCGCUUCACGGAGCUGAAUGCUUACCCGCUGCCAAGAAUCAACGAACAGGUUGAAAAGAUCGCUCAAUACUCCUACUUCAGCACGAUAGACCUGACCAGUGCCUAUCACCAGAUCCCCAUCGAUCCUGAAGAUCGCAAGUACACAGCUUUCGAAGCUGAUGGAAGACUCUUCGAAUUCCUUCGUAUCCCGUUCGGGGUCACUAAUGGGGUCGCCUGUUUUCAGCAGAUCCUCGACGAUGUCAUCCGAGCUGAGAACCUGCGCGACACAUUUGCAUACGUCGACGACGUGACCAUCUGUGGUCGCACCAGAGAAGAACAUGACAGGAACCUGGAGCGCUUCAUCGACGCUGCAAAGAAGUUCUCGCUGACGAUCAAUCAAGAGAAGAGUCAGUAUGGCAAGACAUCCGUCAGGAUCCUGGGGCAUGUGGUGGAGAACCGGACGAUUCGACCUGAUCCAGAGCGACUUCGAGCCUUGAUGGAGCUGCCGGUGCCCGAGGACGCGAAGGCACUGAAGCGAGCUGUAGGCAUGCUCUCACACUACUCCAAGUGGGUGUCGUCCUUCUCCGAGAAGCUCCGGCCGCUGAUCGACGGCGACUGCUUUCCCCUGUCGCCUGACGCGGUCGCGGCGUACCAGCGGUUGAAGGAAGACAUCGGUGCUGCUACCAUGUCAGCGAUUGACGACUACGCUACCUUUGUGGUAGAGACGGACGCGUCUGAUAAUGCGAUCGCAGCCACUCUUACUCAGAACGACAAGCCGGUCGCCUUCUUCUCGCGAACGUUAAACCCAUCAGAACGCAAACAGGCAUCCGUUGAGAAGGAGGCUGCAGCCAUAGUCGAGUCAAUUCGAAAGUGGCGGCAUCUUCUGAUUGGACGCCACUUCAAGCUCAUCACAGAUCAACGCUCGGUCUCCUUCAUGUUCGACCGCGCGAGCAAAGGACGCAUCAAGAACGACAAGAUACUGCGUUGGCGUCUCGAGCUGGCGUGCAUGAGCUUUGAGAUCGUGUAUCGUCCGGGGAAGUUCAACACAGUUCCCGACAUGCUAUCCAGGGCUGUCUGUGGCGCAACCACCACGGACACUGAAGAUCUCAUCCGAUCUCUCCAUGGACAACUCUGCCACCCUGGUGUAACGCGGUUGUGGCACUACCUCCGGUCGCGGAAUGUGGCUUGUUCGGUGGAUGAUGUAAGGCGAGUCGUAACGCAGUGUAGAACCUGUGCACAGCACAAACCACGAUUCGUCCAUACCUCUAACACGCUUGUCAAGGCGACUAGGGUGUUUGAGCGAUUGAGCGUUGACUUCAAGGGUCCCCUGCCAUCAAACACUCAAAGAGCGUACAUGUUUGUCGUGGUAGAUGAAUUCUCCCGCUUCCCGUUCGCUUUUCCUACUGCCGAUACGUCUGCGGAUUCGGCGAUACAGUGUAUGAUGUCUCUGUUCACUAUGUUUGGCACACCAGAGUUUGUACAUUCCGAUCAGGGCACCGCCUUCACGUCCUCUCGAUUUAAGCAGUUUCUCCUACAGAACAGCAUCGCCCAGAGCUUCUGUUCGGCAUACAACGCCCCAGACAGGGUACUGCUCCGUCGGUUCAACCGCGCCAGCAAGUACGAGCCUCUGGUGGAUGAGGUCGAUCUUCUGCACGUUACUCCCGCGUACGCCAAGGUCCGACUGCCGAGUGGUCGUGAGCCGACUGUCUCUAUCCGUCAUCUCUCGCCCAUGGGAGUCGCGGCUGGCGUGGGUGUGGUCUACCAGUCGAACCUGGCACUGCACGCACAGACGGUGCUGAAGACGGUCGGCGACGUCCCCGGCCGCACACACUGCGCGCUGUGGUGUCGCCGCAUCAGCAGCUGCGUGAGCUGGAGCUAUGACUCGGCUACCCUCCUUUGUCGCCUGUGGCCCAGUCCGUCCGCCAGUAACCCACUCACACUAGUACAGGAGCAGGUCUAUCAGCGCAAACCACCGCCGGGUUUCGUCCUCAGCGACAAUCCAAAUAUCGCCUACACUCAGCACAGCUUCGGCGGUAUCACUGGCGGAAUAAGCUCCCUCACGGCUCUGUGUCAGGAGGACCAUCCCGGCGCGUUCCCUGCCUUCACAAGCACCGACCAGCAGAUCACCUACAUCAAGCAGAACGCCAUCGGCAAGUACUUUUACGUGGGAAUCUACAGGGACUCCAGCGGCGUGUUCAGAGAUAUGACGACCAACACCGCCAUGACCAUGUCGGCCGCCUGGUUUUGGGAUGGAAGGCUGGACACCGACAUCACCAACAACUGUCUGACGCUGUACUACAGGGGCUUCUGGGCCGUCCCCUGCACAGACGUGCGGGAGGGCUACACCUGCCAGUACAACGUCGUCGCCGGCACCGCUCCGCCGAGUGGGUACGUCAUCAGCGACGAUCCCAGCAUCGCCUACCGGCAGCACAAGGCGGACCGAGUCAACGACCGCGACUCGUUCGUCAGCCUCUGCCGGGAGCACGACCCGGACUCUGUGCCGGCGUUCCCCAGCACCGAACAGCAGGUCACCUACAUCAAACGGAACGUCAUCGGAGAGUACUUCUACGUCGGCAUCUACCGGGACUCCGGCGGCGUCUUCAGGGACAUGACGACCGACGUGGCGCUGCAAAUCCCGGCGGAGUGGUUCUGGAACGGCGUCGCCGACGCGGACCUCACCGAUGACUGUCUGACGCUCUACAAGGAGGGCUUCUGGGCUGUACCCUGCAGCGGCUCACGUGAGGGCUACGUCUGCCAGCUCAACCUGUAA